AUGGAUCUUUUGAAGAAGAGAAAUAGCAGAAACAUUAUCGGUAGCAAAUCUGUGUAAAAUAUCAAUGCUAGGAAAGAAGACUUAAAAGACCAAGACCCAGCAGAUAUUUAAGAAAAGGAGUAUCAGAAUUAUAAGCAAUUUGACACAGAAUUUUCUCAAAUACUGUAGAGACUUUAGCAGCUUUAGUCCAAAGAGCAAUUGCUAAAACUUAAUGAUAAUUAGAUUAAAGAGUUAUGUUAGAAAAUUUAUAUUUUAAUAUUUGAUUGGUAGAAGUAAACAAAAGAAAACUAAGAGAUUUAUUGUAGGGAAAGUCUGCUCUAGGGUUUGAUUUCUUUACUUAUAAAUUUGCAAAGUGUUAAGGGAAGAGUAAGAAUCUUAAAGUAGAGUUUAUAAAUGUUUAGAGUGAUAGGAUACCAAAGAAUUGUUGACCCUAAUAAUGAAUGUACCGAAACAAUAAUGACAACUUAAGAUUAUUUAGAAUUGGUUAUAACUGUGCUGAAGGAAAUAUUUAACUACACUAAAGACAAGGAUAUAAUUUCUAUUCUUGUAGAAGAGGGAAUUUUUGGUGAAGUUGUUGAAACAUUGCAAUCUUUAAAAGCUUAUAUUACUUCUAAAUAUAAUUAAAUAACAGGAAUAGAUAUUCUUUAUAUUUUCAUAUAAAUUCUUAAAAACUUAGCAAAUGAAGAAAAACUUAGAUAUAGAUUUUUUGAAAAGCGUGCAAUGGACAUAAUUUCAGGUUACUUGCAUCACUUUGAGCUUACCUAGGAUGAGAAGGAAGAAGAAAGAGACUAAAAAAUUAUGAAGCUUUAUAGCUAAAUUACUGCUCUUUUAAGAAACUUAGCUGUGGAUAUUAAUUGUACAAAAGUAUUCUUAGAAUUCGGAAUUAUCGAUAAACUUUGUUUAUCAAUUGUACUUUAUCCAAAUGAAUAAAACGAACUCAUGCUAAACACAAUGAGAAUCUUGUCUAAAAUAUCUUUGAAUAAAGAAUGUUCAUUGAAAAUAUUUGAAAACCAGGAUUGUAUCAAAAAUAUCUGCUCUUUAUUUAAGAUUUUCAAAACCAACAUUUUUAUAAUAAUUCGUAUUUCGUUUAUCUUUGCAAACAUAACCACUUAUAAUGAGUCUAUAAGAAAUAUGAUUUACUUUUAGUUUAAUGCCUUUAAGGAUAUUUACAAUUGCUUUGAAUAUUAUGCUUAAAGAGAACUUACUCCAUUAAAAAAUGAAACUGUAGAUAAACUAGGUCUUUCUACAGCUGCUUGGGAUUUUAAAAUCAUGCAAAAAGAAUCAGAUUCAGAAGCUUUAAUUAAAUUAUUGCGUUUAAUAGCAAAUUUAAUGACUGUUUAGGAAAUAGGGACACAUUUAAUCACUAAAAAAGGAGUGUAUUAUCAUGACUUGAUAAAGAAAUGCAAGCUCAUCCUUUAAAAAUACAAAGAUAUAAAUGAAAAAAAUUAAGAAAUAAUUAACUGUGUUUUGAGUUGUCUUGCUAAUGUUUCUUUUUAUGAUAAGCAAGCAGCACUUACAAAUGAUUUUGAAUAAAAAAAUAUGAAGGCUGAGCUUGUAAUUCAAAUCGGAAGCUACAUUAUGCAAAAUGAUAGUGAGGAUAUAUGCUGUGAAGCUCUUCGUGUAUUAAGCAAUUUGAGUAGAUCAAAAGACCUCAUUAAGUAAAUAAUUAAAUUCAAAUUAUUAGAUGCAGUUAUACUCUUGUUAGACUCUAAUUCUAAGGAUAUUGUUUAUUAUGCUAUUGGUACUCUCAUCAACCUCACAAAUUCAGAAGACAUUAAGAAAUUAAUGGAUAACAGUGUUAUGGAUAGUUUAUUAUAAAUAGUAGAAGAUUGCACUUUAGAUGACAAUGAUUUGAUUUCUAUUACUUUAAAGUGCGUUGGAAACAUAAUGGAAAACAAUAAUAAAAUUCAGUAAGAUUACACUAAGAAGAUUGAAGCUGCUCUUAUGAAGUAUGGUGAAGAAUGUGAUAUAGUUAUUUCUCAUACAAAGUAAGAAACUGACAAAAUAACUGAAAUAUAUGAAUUGAGAGGACUGAUAAAUUAAAUUCUUAAUAGCAUGCCUGAAGAGAUGUAUGCUUGUCUUGUACCAAAUUGUGGAAGAAAGUUUAAGGAGCACAGUGAAUAUAUAAAACAUAUGCAAAGAAGACACAAUUUGUGA